AUGCCCACAAUUUCCGGACAUCAACGCAAUGUUUCGCAAGGACAACACGUGAGUUUUGCGGCGGCCCAAAACUAGGCUUUCCGGGCCCAAAACCAGGCUUUUCGGGCCGAAAAACUACAUUUUCCAACGAAAAAAUUGAAGUUUUUUUGUAUUUUUCCUAUGAUUAAUCAGAAAAAUACAAAAAAUAUGUUUUUCUUUUUCGUUUUUUUUUUCGGCCGGCGUUUUUUCCUAUUUUUUUCGCUGGAAAAUUUGUGGCUGUAGGCUACGAAAUCCACGUUUUUGGAUUUCUAGGCCAGCAAAUUCGUAAUCCUCGUAAAAAUUUAGGCUAGGAGCAAGUUACCCGAAGUCGUUACCUAGCAUGGACUAGAAAAGCAAAUAUAGGUUUUUUGUCGGAUCCUAGGCCAUGAGGUGUGAAUUGAGUCGAUAAUAGACGUUGAAAAUCUUGAUCUGCCUAAAAUUUUACCCUAUAAUCAUCUCAAAUAGCUCAAUUUUCACCUCAUGGCCUAGGAUCCGACAAAAAAGCGUAUGUCGGAUCCUAGGCCAUGAGAUGAAAAUUGAGCUAGAGAUUUGGGACAACAUGGUUGCAGCCUCAUUUUUUGCGUAGAUCACGAAUUUUGAUUUCAAAAUAAGGUUGAUGGCCUAGGAUCCGACAAAAAACUUAUAUUUGGAUUUCUAGGCCACCAGCUCAAUUUUGAGCUAGAGAUUUGGGACAACUUGGUUGUAGGCUCAUUUUUUGCGUAGAUCACAAAUUCGCGGACUAGAUUUCAAGAUUUUGGAAUUCUAGGUCAUUUUUUGCAGCUUAUCCUCGAUCGAACCGAAUCGGACGACGACGAGAUGCUGAAUGCGGACAAAAAACACGCUGCCACGUCACAACAACAACAAGGACACGAAACUUCAAUUCAAAUGGACCAGGAUAAUGAGCCGGUUUAUGGGACAGGCGGUGUGUUUCCGGGCUCAAGUCCACCGUAUACACCGAGUCGACCGCAGGAUAAUAGUCAGAGGUGGGAUUUUUCGAAAAAUUUGCCAUUUUUUGACCCGGAAACGGAUUUCUAGGUCAUUUUUGACUCUGAAUUCGUGAUCUACGCAAAAUUUCACCCUAUACUCAAGUUAUCCCAAGUCUCUAGCUCAAAAUUGAGGUGGUGGCCUAGGAUCCGACAUACUGUGUUUUGUCGGAUCCUAGGCCAUGCGAGCUAGAGACUCCGGGCAACCUGAAUCAUGGCUAGAAUUGAACGGAGAUGAUGAAUUCGGAAUUUUCUCGUGGCCUAGAAAACCAGAGACGCAAUUUCUAGGCCAUAUUUGGUUUCUGGGGUGAAAAAUGAUGAAAAUGUUGAAUUUUGCAGCGGUUUAUGCAGUCCACAAAUUCGCUCCAAUGUUAAAGUGAUAUUGGGUUCGAUUGUUUUGACGGCCGUUGGAAUUGGUGAGUUUCUGUCUGAAAUUUUCAGCCAAAAAACAAAAAAAAAUUGCAGUGAUAUUCAUUGUUGGCAUUUUCACGUUCUUGAAUCCGGAUGACGGUGAGUUUUUUCUCAAAAAAUCUUUGCUUUCCAAGGUUUUAGACCACGAAAUUCGUGAUCUACGUGAAAAAUUAGGCCUCUAGCUUAAAAUUGAGAUGUGGUGGCCUAGAAAUCCAAAUAUAAGCUUUUUGUCGGAUUCUAGGCCAUCAACCUCAUUUCGAAAUCAAAAUUUGUGAUCUACGCAAAAAAUGAGCCUGCAACCAAGUUGUCCCAAAUCUCUAGCUCAAUUUUCAUCAUAUGGCCUAGGAUCCGACAUACGCUUUUUUGUCGGAUUCUAGGCCAUCAACCUUAUUUUGAAACCAAAAUUCGUGAUCUACGUGAAAAAUGAGCCUGCAACCAAGUUGUCCCAAUUCACUAGCUCAAUUUUCAUCCCAUGGCCUAGGAUCCGACAUACCCUUUUUUGUCGGAUCCUAGGCCAUGAGAGCUAGAGACUUGGGACAACUUGAUUUCUAGCUGAAAUUUCACGGGGGUUUCGAUGCAAUGAAUAUUAUCUUGGAUUUCUAGGCCACCAAAAUCAAAAAAUCAAUAAUUUCAGGAAUGCAACACUGGGUUUUCUUCUUCGCCGGCUUGGUUUGCUUCAUUCCCGGCUCAUAUCACGUGCACUACGUUUUGUGCACAAUUUGCGGUCGACCCGGCUACUCUUUUGACAAAUUGCCAACUUUCAAUCGAUAG